GCUGCGCGAACGUUUAACAAUUAUGGCGGCCGAUUUUAGGGAACGAAUGCGCGGCAAUCGUAUCGAGUGUGACCCACAAGUUAUUUCUACCUUCAAUUUACUAUGCGAACUAGUUUCAUUCUUCGAUUAUUAUCACGAGCAGAAGUACCAAUUGGCUUUGGAAGUGCUCGCCAACACCAAACUCGUGCCAUUGUCUAUGAACGAACUUGAAGAAUGCAUAAAUAACUUUAAACGCUUGGGUGGGGAAAUUUGUAAGGUGUAUCCUGACAUUCUGUUGGCAGCCAUGGAUAUACUAUACGCUCAGUACAAAAGUGUUAAGGGACGUGACACUGGCAUUGUAGAUACCGGGCGCGAUCGUCAAUUACAGCAUCUGCGCGAGAAGGCGAAAGCUAUUACAAAUAUGGCCGCAACAGUACCAUAUCGCAUGCCUGGCGAUACGAAUAAAAGACUCGUCCAAACGGAAAUCCUGAUGCACUGAAUUCACAUGAAAUUAAAAAUAGUCGUUAAAACAAAAAUGUAAGUUACGUAAAACCAACAACACAAAUAAAAUAGAUUGUAAUUUAUAUAAUUAAAUGCAACG